AUGUCGGUCGCAACCAUGCUUCAACCCGCUUCGCGGGCGUCGACCUCAACCAAUUCCUCUUUCGAACCAGUCACUCGUCAGAACACUUACUCGAGCCACGAUGGCGCCAGGUCCUUGCGCCAAAGCAAACGGGUGAGCAUGACGGCCUUGUAUGCGAGCAUCAGUGCAAAAGACAAAGAUCUGGAAAUCAGUGACGAUCUCGCGAGAGCACAGCGCACCCUCCGAGAUCUCAAACUUAAGAUUUCGAAUCAAUCAAAGAAGAACUUCGUCCUGGAGAAGGACGUCCGAUAUCUGGACUCGAGAAUCGCCCUCCUCAUCCAAAAUCGGAUGGCUUUGGAAGAGCAAAAUGAGGUGGCUAGUCAUUUGGAUGAUGCCUCUGAACUACAGGAGGGUUCUUUCCCGAACGACGACAAGACUCAGAAGUACGGCAAUCUUCUUUUCAUGCUGCAAUCAGAGCCUAGGCACAUCGCCCAUCUGUGCCGGUUGGUGACGAUGGCCGAGAUAGACUCCCUGCUGCAGACCGUCAUGUUUACCAUAUAUGGUAACCAGUACGAAAGUCGGGAAGAACAUCUGCUCUUGACCAUGUUCCAAUCAGUCCUGACCCAUCAAUUCGAGACUACCCCUGAAUACUCCUCCUUGCUGCGGCAGAAUACGCCUGUCUCACGGAUGAUGACCACCUACACCCGAAGGGGUCCAGGUCAAAGCUUUCUGAAAGAGGUCCUUGCGGAGAAGAUCAACUCACUUACCGAGCUAAACAAUGUGGAUCUCGAGAUCAAUCCUUUGAAGGUUUACGAGGCCAUGGUCAAGCAAAUCGAAGAAGAUACUGGCUCCCUCCCAGAUGAUCUGCCUAGGUCGGUCACCGCCGAGUUUGCAGCCGAGAAUCUGCAAGUUCAAGCCAUCAUUGCACCUCGGCUCAAGAUGCUGACCGAAAUUGCGGAGGGAUUUCUCUCCGCCAUUAUCGAGUGUCUGGAGGAGGCCCCGUACGGCAUUCGCUGGAUUUGCAAACAGAUCCGAAACCUCUCCCGGCGCAAGUACCCUGAAGCUCAGGAUCAGGCCAUCUGCACGCUCAUUGGCGGGUUUUUCUUCUUACGCUUCAUCAAUCCUGCCAUCGUCACCCCUAAAUCUUACAUGUUGAUCGAACGCGUCCCGGACGAAAAGCCGAAACGGACACUGACCUACAUUGCUAAGAUGCUCCAGAACCUGGCAAACAAACCAUCAUACGCCAAAGAACCAUACAUGGCCAAACUGCAACCCUUUAUCCAGCGCAACAAGGAUCGUUGCAAUCAAUUCUUACUCGAUCUCUGCGAAGUCCAAGAUUUCUAUGAGAGUUUGGAGAUGGACAACUACGUUGCAUUGUCCAAGCGAGACCUAGAACUACAGAUCAGCUUGAACGAAGUCUAUGCUACUCAUGCUUUGCUUGAGAAGCACAGUACUGAGUUGGCCAAGGACCCUUCGUCUCACCUAGGUAUCCUGCUUCAAGAACUUGGCCCGGCUCCUCCCCAGUUACCCAGGAAGGAAAAUAGGGCAAUCACACUGCCGCUGUUCAGCAAAUGGGAAACAUCGUUCGAUGACCUCACUCAUGCACUCGAUAUCACUCAAGAAGAAAUCUUCUUCAUGGAGGCAAAGAGCACUUUCGUCCAGAUCAUGCGAAGCUUACCACAGAACGCCGCCGUCUUGCGGCGACCGCUGCGCCUCGGCCGAAUCGCCGAGGCGGCUGGAACCUUGAAGAAUGAUGGUGUCAUGGUUCGCAAAGGCAUUCGCUGCCUUGAACUUCUGACCCAGCUGUCGGACAUGGGGGCGAUUGAUCCCGCCGAUGACUACGCGGUCCUUCGCGACGAGGUAGAACAAGAGCUUGCCCAUCUUGGGUCCCUCAAAGAGAAGGUGCUUGAGGAGACGGGCAAACUGGAGGAUGUCUACAAGACGAUCCGGGAUCAUAACACCUACCUAUUGUCGCAGCUCGACACAUACAAGAACUACUUGCACAAUGUCCGAAGCCAAUCCGAAGGAACUAGGAGAGGCAAGGCGGAAAAAGUGCGUGAAUUGGGUCCGUACAAGUUUACCCACGCGCAGUUGGAGAAGGACGGGGUCAUCACAAGAAGCAAUGUGCCCGAAAAUCGACGAGGUAAUAUCUACUUCAUGUUCCGGAGUCCUCUUGCGGGCACCUUCGUCAUCAGCCUGCAUUAUAAAGGGCGUGCUCGUGGCCUGCUUGAACUGGAUCUGAAGCUGGAUGACCUGCUAGAAAUGCAAAAGGAUGGCCAAGACGACCUCGACCUUGAGUACGUCCAAUUUGAUGUUUCAAAGGUCCUUGCCCUCCUCAACAGGAGAUUUGCGAGGAAGAAAUAA